AUUUCAUAUUUAGAGACCGAAUAGGAGCUGUGCUGGUAGAAAGAAGGAAGAAAAUGGUAUUGAUUGGAACAUAAUUAUUUAUAUUUACAGGAUUUAAGACGAACGUACCGAUGUGAUGUUUGAGCUUCAUUUUUGUGGCAACAUAUCUUUUGCUCUUGAUCUUGUGGUGACUCAACAAACUGUGAGAAGUAUGCACUAUGGCUGGGGCCGCUGCCCAGAGGAACUUACAGCUAGAAAGAGAGCCAACCCUUCCCCCUCCUCCUGCUCCGGUUCCGGUAUCCACAGUGAUGAGGAGUCGCAGUGAGCCUGUAGUCUACAAUUGGCAAUCGACCAAGACCAGUGUCAAAGAACGUAUGGCUUUUAUGUUUAACAAUGAAACCUUGAGUGAUGUCCACUUCAUCGUUGGGAAAGGAGACAACAUGCAGCGGAUACCCGCUCACAAGUUUGUCCUGUCUGUAGGAAGUGCUGUCUUUGAUGCCAUGUUCAACGGUGGCAUGGCUACAACAUCAAGCGAGGUAGAACUCCCAGACGUGGAGCCCGCAGCGUUUCUUGCUCUGCUGCGCUUCCUUUACUCCGAUGAAGUACAGAUUGGACCAGAGAGUGUCAUGACAACACUUUACACGGCUAAGAAAUACGCUGUCCCUGCGCUCGAAUCCGAAUGCGUGGAUUUCCUCAAGAAGAACCUUAGUUCUGAUAAUGCUUUUAUGCUGCUUACGCAAGCCAGACUGUUUGAUGAACCACAACUUGCUAACCUCUGCUUGGAAACAAUCGACAAAAACACCGCAGAGGCGCUAAGCGCAGAAGGUUUUACAGACAUCGACCUUGACACAUUGAUCGUUGUGCUAGAACGAGAUACACUUGGUAUUAAAGAGAGCAUGCUCUUCAAUGCUGUCAUCCGCUGGGCCGAACAUGAAGCAGUGAGGCAGCAGGCCCUACCAACAUCAGAGAACAAACGGAGGGUUCUUGGUCGGGCACUAAAACUGAUCCGCUUUCCACUAAUGACAGUAGAAGAGUUUGCCAACAAAGCUGCCCAGUCUGGGAUCUUGACCGAUAGGGAAGUGGUGAAUCUUUUCCUUCACUUCACGGUGAAUCCUAAACCAGCUACAGAGUUCCCUUCCAAUCCUAGAUGCUGCCUAACUGGCAAAGAACAGACCUUGACACGCUUUCUGCAGGUGGAGAGUAGGUGGGGGUAUAGUGGCACAAGUGAUCGCAUCAGAUUCCAGGUGAACCGAAGGAUAUUUGUUGUUGGUUUUGGGCUGUACGGUUCCAUCCAUGGCCCUGCGGACUACUCGGUUAACAUCCAGAUAAUACAUGCUGAUACGGAAGCGAUGAUGGGUCAGAACGAUACAAGCUUCAGCUGCGAUGGUACCGAUUCUACCUUCCGAGUUAUGUUCAAAGACCCCAUAGAAAUCCAACCUUGUGAAAACUAUGUUGCUAGUGCCACACUCAAAGGACCUGAUUCUCACUACGGCACCAAGGGUCUUCGGAAGGUCGUCCACGAGUCUGCUUCAAACGGCAAAGUCAUGUUCCAGUUUGCCUACGUCGCUGGAAACAACAACGGAACAUCCGUCGAUGAUGGCCAAAUCCCAGAGUUAAUAUUCUACACGUGAUCUAUAUCUGUAAGCAGCGCUAUUGAUCUCAAUUUGUGUGUUUCAUUAUACAUGCGCCAACUACUGUGGCGUCACUCGAUAACGUUAGUCCCAGGUGAUUGGUUGAUAGCAGUGUAUGCCAUGCCAUUCAUGACAGUGUUUCUCAUUACAAAGUGAUUAGAAACCUCAUUUAAAUACCACAGGUUUUCCUGGAUCUCACUCAGUAAUUCUACUGAUUACCGGUAACCCUUACCAUCCUCUUAGGAUCCAUUGUUAAAUUAGAUAUUUCUGUAUUUUUCAAUUUCACCCUUGGUUCCAUGCUUUCUUAUAUAUCUUUGCGGAAAAGUUCUUGACUUUCAAGCCUCUCAUGACGAUGAAUGUUAUGUUAGUGGCGCGUGUAUUAUGAAAUGCUGGAAUCGCCAGUGAAUGAGAAUGCAAAUUAAAGCGAAAGCGUAUACGGCUCCUGAUCAUGAUUCGAAGUAUAAACCAUACAUGUUGGUACAUUAUAUUUCCAUGAUAUCGUGUAAUAUAUUGUGUUCUAGUGUGAUUUCCAGUGCAUUGCCAAGCAAUAUGAACUAAGGCGCUGUGUCUAUGCAUAAUAAUGGUACUUGUUAUAUAUACCUGUUAUAUAAAGGAUAGAAAGAGUAUUACGGCAAUUAUGCAGAAUAUCCUGCAAAAUAAUCAUUUUGAGUAAUGAAAUGAAGCCUACUGGAAAAAAAAAAAUGAGUGAUUUUCUAGAUGAACGUUUUGUAUAGGUAUCUCAUGUUGGGUAAUAAUCAUGUCAUGAGAUCAAGAUUUUUUUUAUAAUGCAAUUCUGAUACUUGAGUUGAGUUCACAGAAAUAUUUCUAGAGCCAGUUUGACUAAGAAAGAGAGAUUCUUCUGUCUUUGCCAUUAUGGGUUAGGAAUUACCAUUGUGAUUAGUCUCAGCAGCCAAUUGCAAUUAAGCUUCCCAUCAUGAUUAUAACCAGAACUUGGGGCCAGAUAAAGCGUAUCAGGCACAAUUAAAUUUUUGAAAAUGUUAGUGAG